AUGGAACUAGCCAAAGACGAAAGUUCUCUGGUCAAAACAUCAACGGAUUUUACAAACAAUACUGUUCACAUGAUUGGAAACAAAAAAUCGAACUAUAUACCUAAGAAAUCUCAGCCUUCACCCUUUGACAAAAUGAAAGGAAGGUGCUACCGCUGUGGUUCACGGGACCAUAGAGCCAACAACUGCAAGUUUGCUUCUGAAACGUGUCACAAAUGCAAAAAGCAGGGUCACAUUGCCAGUGUCUGUAUGCAAGCAAAGCAAACAAAAGUUCACCAGACUGAAGAAGAUGGAAACGAUAGUUAUCAAGAAGAAACUCAUGAAAUUUACAAAUUGAACAAUAGCAGUAGUGAUAAAAUACUUAUUGAUAUUUUGCUAGAAGGGAAUCCAGUCCAGAUGGAGCUGGAUACAGGUUCAGCCAUCAGCACGUUACCAUAUAAUAUGUUCAAGAAACUUAAUACGAACAGAAGACUUUUCAAUACACAGCUACGACUUAAAACGUAUACAGGUGAAUUAUUCAAGCCCAAAGGCGUUGUGUUUGUUCAAUGUUCAUACAAAAGCCAGAGUUUUAUGGGUAAACUCUAUAUUGUAGACGGUCACUUGGAUCCUAUUUUCGGUCGAGACUGGCUACGGGAAGUAGAGUUGGACUGGAAAGAAGUAAAAACAAUCAAACAAGAAACUGGAGGACGUUUAGAUGAACUUCUAAACAAAUACAAGGAUGUUUUCGAGCCAGAUAUAGGCCAAAUACCUGAUCAACUAGGCCACUUACAACUGGCACCUGACGCUCGACCAAUAUUUAUGAAAGCAAGGCCAAUACCUUAUUCCUUGAAACAAAAGGUAGAAGAGGAACUAGAACGCUUAGAAACUGCAGGAAUAAUAACAAAGACGGAAAAUCCUGAAUGGGGAACACCCAUAGUACCAGUAAUGAAACCCAAUGGUGAAAUUAGAAUAUGUGCUGAUUAUAAGGUUACGGUGAACAGACAAAUUCAAGACGAACACUAUCCAAUACCGAGAAUUGAAGAUAUUUUUGCAAAUAUGAGCGGUGGCAAGAUUUUCUGUAAUCUGGACUUAAAAAAGGCUUACUUACACCUACAAAUGGAUGAAGCAAGUGCUGACAUACAAACCUUAAGUACACAUAAGGGACAGUUCAGAGUUAAUAGACUCAUGUUCGGCGUUAAAGUAGCUCCUGGAAUUUGGCAAAGAAUCAUGGACAAGGUCUUAUUGGGUAUAGAAGGCACUCAAUGUUUCUUCGAUGGCAUAAUCAUCCAAGGAAAAUCAGAAGAAGAGUUGCUCACUCGGUUGGAAAUGGUACUUCAGAGAAAAAAAAUGAACGGACUAAGAGUAAAUAGAGAUAAAUGCAAGUUUCUACACAAACAAAUUGAGUACUUAGGUCACACUAUAGAUGCCCACGGAAUCCACAAAUCAGAAGAUAAAGUUAAGGCUAUCAGGCAAGCAAGAAGACCCCAGAAUGUUAGUGAACUAAGAACCUUCUUAGGUCUUGUCAACUAUUAUAACAGAUUUAUCGAGAACCUGGCAACGAUUCUCAAUCCGUUACAUGGACUACUGAAAAAGGAGAAGAAAUACAAGUGGACAGAUCAAUGUGAACAAAGCUUUCAGAAGGUCAAGGAGAUCAUUACAAAUGAAAUUGUCCUUACUCAUUUUGAUCCAGUCUUACCUUUGGUAUUGGCAACAGAUGCAUCUCCGGUGGGACUUGGCGCAGUACUGUCACAUAGAUUUCCAGAUGGAAGUGAAAGACCUAUAGCCUUCGCUUCAAGAACAUUGACAAAACCAGAAGAGAAAUAUAGCCAAAUUGACAAAGAGGCCACUGGAAUUUAUUGGGGACUAAAAAAGUUCUUCCAAUAUUGCUAUGGACGUAAAUUCAUCCUAGUAACGGAUCACAAACCGUUAGUUACAAUAUUCAAUCCUGAUAAAAACCUUCCUUCUAUGUCAGCUACACGACUUUUUAACUAUUCACACUUCUUAUCAGGUUUUGACUACAGAAUAGAAUUUAGACGAACAAAUGAUCAUGGAAAUGCGGACUUCCUUUCAAGGUUUCCAAUUGAAAAACAUUCAAAUGCCAGCAUGGACCAGACUGAUGUUUUCUAUAUGAACCAAAUUGCAACGAUCAACCUUAACCAUAACCUAAUUGCUCAAGAAACAAAAAAAUAUGAAAACAUGCAACACUUGUUACUAGCUUUGGAAACUGGAAAAUCCUUGGAGAACUAUGGUUAUCAUAAUGGUGAGCUAUGUCUACAUGAUGGUUGUAUCAUGAAAGGUUGGAGGGUGAUGAUUCCUAGAUCUUUACAAAAACAUGUCCUCGAAGAACUACAUUUUGGUCAUUUGGGUAUGGUAAAAACCAAAGCCUUAGCACGGAGCUUUUGCUACUGGAAAGUUUUGGACAAAGAUAUAGAAGAUAAUAUUUCAAAAUACAGACAGUGCAGGGAAAAACAAAAUUUACCGAAGAAAGAAAUUAACCAUCCUUGGGAGCCAGCAAGUGAACCAUGGGAGCGGGUCCACAUAGAUUUUGCUGGGCCAACCAACGGAAAAUACUUUCUGUUGGUAGUAGACGCAUUCAGCAAGUGGGUUGAAGUCAUACCUACGAAGAGUAUUACAUCUUCAUGGACAAUCAGAGAGCUGCGUAAAAUAUUCACCACCUUUGGACUACCAAGUGUUAUAGUCUCUGAUAAUGGUCGUCAGUUCACCUCUUCUGAAUUUAGUAACUUUUUGAAGAAAUGUGGAACUUUGCACAAAAAGACAGCUCCUUACCAUCCUUCUUCGAACGGCCAAGUCGAACGCUUCGUACAAACGAUAAAGAAAUUAAUCAACUGUAUGUCAGAUGAAUCUGGUACACUUUAA